CUCAAUUUUUGUUAAAAGAUGAAGUCGAAUUCGAACUUGCGUGUCGGGGGUAUACUUAUCCAGGCUUAGUUUCAGCUCUUAAAAUUAUCUUAAAAAAAAUGUUAGAAGCUGAAAGCUCAAUGAUAGUCUCUUAUGAAAUAAAGUCACCGCAAGCAUCUAUUACCACCCCGGGGCUAGAACUAGACAUUUGUUCAGACAAAAUAAGCAAUGUUAUGCGUUAUGUCUCAGAGUUAAAAGAAAAGCCAGAUAAACAGUUGUACAAACGUCUAGUUUCUCGUUUGUGUCACAUUGUCAACAGAUUGAAAUUGGCCGCGCCUACGGAAGAGGAAGACAGAGAUAGGCGUAACAUACUAUUAGAUAAGGCCGUUAUAACUUUAAAAGAUUUAGAGGGCAAAGACGACAUACUGGAUGGGGAGGAAAUAACUCCGGAAAUGAAAGAGGCUUUACAUAACUCCAUAGGUGAGGAUAGUAAAAAAAUUUUAAAUCUUUUAAAGGAAGAAAAUAUGAUGACGAAACCUAUGGCAUCUACGUCUAAGGAAUUGCACGGAGUGUUAGUAGAAGAAGAUCAAAUUUUAAAAGAUUCUUUAGAACACAAAAAGGUAUGUUUUGCGCAAGAGGACUUUGAAAGUCCAACUUUUCAUGGCAAAAAGCGAAACUCUAAAUUAUUUAAUUCCACUUCAUUCGAGGAGACUCGACCAGUACGCAAGCUUGUACCUAUAAGUCAAUGGGGUGUCCAUUUUUAUGGUGACAAUAAAUUUAGCGUGAAUGCUUUUAUUGAACGGGUUGAGGAACUUCAGGAGGCUAGGAACGCAACUGAGGAUGAUUUAUGGCGUCAUGCAAUUGAUUUUUUUAAGGAUGAUGCGUUAAUUUGGUUUCGUGCAAAUAGAGAGUUUAUAAGUACUUGGAAUGAGCUGGUAAUCUUGCUUAAACGGACAUUUCAAUCUCCUUACUACCAAGAGGAACUAUUGACCGAAGCAAAAGCUAGAACACAAGGAACCGAAAACGUCAGUUUACUCAUUAGAACCCGAUUUAGCUUAUAAAUUGAGCAGAAAUUCUAUGACUAACAAUGACUUAGUUAAUGAAAUAAAAACCACCAAUAAAAGUAGUGUGAACAUGCGGUGCUGGAAUUGUCGUGAAUCUGGUCAUUUAUUCAGAUCUUGCACCAUGCCAAAACAGCGUAUAUUUUGUUAUCGUUGUGGUCAUUUUGGCGUAACUGCAAAAGAUUGUACCUGCAAGGGAAACGCCAAAGAGGAGGGUUUGAAACCUGCCAACUGAACCUCUCCUCUAAAACUAAUAAAGUGUGGCAGAACUGGCUAAAUUUUAUUCGUAUCGUCAUGUCCAAGAAAGCACUUUCACCCUUAACCCUCAAGAAAGAAAAUGAUAACAGGCCAUACAUACAAAUAAACAUUUUAAAUUAUAAUUGUUACGGAUUAUUAGAUACAGGUGCCACUUGUUCAGUCAUAAAUAGUGAAUUCGCAAGAACUUUGAAGCACUUGGGGGUUAAAAUACAGAAAAUAAAAUCUAUGGAUAUUGCAACUGCAGAUGGUGCCAGUUAUUCUGUAACUGAAGGUUUUGAUG